UCUCAUUUCUCUCUCUCUCUCUAAGCCAGCGAACUGUCUCUCUCUCAAAAUCGUAGCUCUCUGCGAACUGUUCAACUGUUUGUCUCUCUAAUCGCCAUUCACUCUAAGCUCUCUCUCCCUCUCUCUCACACACACGCACUCCCUCUCUCCCUCCCCCCCCUCUCUCUCUCUAUAUCUUUCUGGUUUUUCCCCAGCGAUUCACUUCUAUCUCUUUCAAUCUCUUCUUAAUCUCUCUUAUUUAGCUAUCUGCAUCCGGUGCUCGCUGAGCGCUUUUGAUUCUUUUGGCUGAGCUUGUGAUUUCGAUCUUGUCAUUGAAGUUGGGUGACUCAUUUACCGUUCCAUGGCUGAAAGCAAGCUCGAUCUCCCUGACGAUCUCCUCUCAUCCAAGCCGUCCGAUCAGUCUUGGACUCCAAAAGGAAAUGACGAGGAAAAAGUGAUGAUGGGAUCGCUCGAUGAGUCAAAGGAUCAAGCCCCUUCGGAAAGCAUUCCCCUGUCUCCGCAAUGGCUUUAUGCUAAACCGAGUGAGGCUAAAAUGGAAGCUCGUGGACCUAGUUCUCUGUCUCUUGGAAGUUCUGCUGAUUCAAAUCAGAAGGAGGGUUGGCGUGCAGAUGCAGCUGAAGAAAGAAAAGAUUGGAGAAGAAUUACUACAGAGACUGAGAGUGGUCGGCGUUGGCGUGAAGAAGAAAGGGAAACUGGCUUGCUUGGCAGAAGAGACCGUAGAAAGACGGAUCGUCGAGCUGACAAUGCUUCCGGAAGAGAAACAACUGAAAAUAGAACUUUGCCUGCAACUGACAGAUGGCAUGAUGCUAGUAAUCGCAAUGCUGGGCAUGAGCCAAGACGUGAUAACAAGUGGUCUAACAGGUGGGGUCCUGAUGACAAAGAAAAAGAGGCUCGACCAGAAAAAAAGGCAGAUGUGGAUAGGGAAGAUGCCCACAAUGAGAAUCAGUCCUCUGUGGUUAGUCGUUCUGUUUCAGAACGUGACACGGAUUCUCGUGAUAAGUGGAGGCCACGGCAUAGAAUGGAAGGAAAUCCUGGUGGGCCAGGCUCUUAUCGUGCUGCCCCCGGAUUUGGACUAGAGAAAGGGCGAGCAGAGGGUUCAAAUGUGGGGUUCACCCUGGGACGUGGACGAGGUAGUGCAGCAGUUGGAAGACCAACAUCUACUGAAAGUGUCCCUGGGAAACCAUACCCCUUAACUGGUGCAUUUUUAUAUCCAAGGGGGAAGCUCCUUGAUAUUUACCGUAGGCAAAAGUUAGGUUCAUCCUUUUGUAACAUGCCUGACCAGAUGGAGGAAGUACCCUCAAUUACACAAGUGAAUUGCGCUGAACCUUUAGCUUUUGUGGUUCCUGGUUUAGAUGAGGAGGCUAUCCUUAAUGAUAUAUCGACGGGCAAAAUUACCAGUAGUGGAGUGUCAUACAGUUCAUUUAGAAAGGGCAGAUCAACUGAUAACAUUGCAGAAGUGGCAGAUCUGGAAACCAGCAAUCAGAAGCAGGUUGUCCUCUCAUCAGAUAUUUCUGAAGAAAUUGUAGAUACUUUACCUGCCAUGUCAAAUGAUAAAAUCCACGAGUUGAGAAUUCAGAGCAACUUGUAUAAUAAUGGUCCUACAAGGAGCUUGUUGGAAGAGAGAGAGAUCAAUCACCAAGAAAAGCACAUUUCUGAGGCUUUUUUGGGGACAAAUAUUGAUGAAGUAAGAUCAAGCCUAGAGAAGAUCAACAUUGGUAGCAAUUCAGAUACUAUUACUAAUGCUCAGUUUGAAGCUUUGGAAAUCAGAGGUAUGGAUUCUGUUAUAACCCGAAAUCCUGGUUUAGAUGUUACAAGACUGCGUGGAGCAUUUGAUGUCAGUGACAAGCUCCCAAAUGAGCCAAACUCUCUGUUUAGUUUGCCAUCUUCAGACCAGUAUUGGGAUGGAAAUUUACAAAGCUUGGGAAGUAGAAUUGGGGAAAAUUAUUUGGAGAAGGGUGUCCCGCCAGAGGAGUUAAGUUUGUACUACUGUGAUCCUCAAGGAGAAAUUCAAGGCCCAUUUCUUGGAGUUGACAUUAUCUCAUGGUUUGAACAAGGGUUUUUUGGAACAGACUUGCCAGUACGAUUGGCUGAUGCUCCUGAAGAUUCACCUUUUUUUGAAUUAGGUGAUGUUAUGCCUCAUCUUAAAGCAAGCCAUGAACAUGCUUCCAGCACAGGUUUGAAUUCCAAUUUAGAAGUAUCUACAGCUAUGGGGGUGAAGUUCGAUGGUAGUGUACUUGCUUCUGCUCCAAUUGCGGAUGUCAUUAGUCCUACUGCAUUAGAUGAUCCAAUCUGGCCAUUGUCUCAUCUUGAUGGCAUCUCCUCACACCAUGUAAACUUGAAAAAUAUUGAGCACCAAUCGCAUUUAGAGGGUCAAGAUUUCCAAAAUUUUGUGACUCAGGAUGAAGAAAUAGUUUUUCCAGGAAGACCUGAUAGUGGUGGAAAUCCUAUUGGGAAGACUCGUAGGGCCUCUGGUGAUUCUUCAAAUAUCGUUAACCCUGCUUUUCCAACUGAGUUGACGGAGGCUGGCAUUCCAAAGCAAAAUAAUAAGCUGCAUCCUCUUGGGUUGCUGUGGUCUGAGCUAGAGGGUGCCCAUACAAGGAAUGAGCAGAUGUCAAAUAUUUCUUUCAAUUCAGGUAAUCAGGAGCACGCUGUAAACCCCCUGUCUGGGAGGGUUGCUGCAUUUGGUGCACUGGCUGAAUCAACUCGUGCUGCUGAGACAUGGCCUGAUUUUCGUCGCAGAAAUACACUUACUGAACCAAACUUAUAUCAAGAUACAAUGGAUGCUCAGCAUUUUUCUCGCAUGGACCAUGAAUCCAACCGCUUUGAUGUUUCAGAGAAAAUACUACCCCAACAUUUUCCACAAUUCUCUGAGCAGCAUAGUUUACCAUCUCAUAAUGCCCACUUGGAUGAAGCAAUGCUUGAAAGAGGGCAACAUCAGAACUCGUUGAAUCAGCAGUUGGCAGGCCAGCUAGAUCUGGAACACUUUGUGGCUAUCCAACAACAGCAGCAAAGAUUGCUGCAGCUUCAGCAACAGCAGCAGCAGCAGCAGCAGCUUCACCAUCAAAUGCUAUUAAAAGAGCAACAACAGGCUCAUGCUCGACAGCUGCUUGUCGAACAAAUGAUGCAGAGUCAAAUGCGUGAUUCUAUUCGCGCUCAAUCACGCAAUGAUGCUAUUAGAACGAGUAAUGCUCUGGAACAGGUCUUAUUAAAGCAGCAAAUUUUGAAUGAACUCCAACAGCGUUCCCAUCUUCCUCCUAGGCACCCAGAACCAUCCUUUGAGCAUCUUUUUCAGGCAAAAUUCGGCCAGGUGCCUCCUCAAGUGCAUCCAAGUGAUUUAUUGGAGCUUUUAUCACGUGCAAAACAUGGGCAAAUGCAUCCAUUGGAGCAUCAGAUGCUUCAUCAGGAGCAGUUACAUGGAAGGCAACUGCCAAUGGGAUUAAGGCAGCGAUUGGAUAUGGAAGAUGACAGACAAGUUGGUUCUUCGUGGUCUGUUGACGAAAGCAGUCAAUUCCUUAGAAAUCCUGCAAAUUCUCAUCGGGGUGGUGCUGCUGGAUUUGGACAGCUAGAUUUUUUUCAACAGCAACAAAUUCCAUCUCCUGAGGAGCAUCUCAGUCAUCUCGAUCGGAAUCUUUCAUUACAAGAUAGACUCCAGCCAGGGCAUUUUGAGCCCGGCCCUUUACCAUUUGAACGCUCGAUGUCAUUACCUGUUGGUGCUGCAGGAGCAAAUUUGGACGUUAUGAGUUCUAUAGCUCGUAAUCAAGGUUUAGAUAUGCAGGAAUUGAACGCGCGACUGCAGCUUAGUGGUCAAAUGGGGGGUUUUUCAUCCAGUGUAUAUUCUCAUCCAUCUCAACGCCCAAUGGUUCCCAGCCAGUUUCAUGCCUCAAAUUCAGAUAUAAUGGAGGGCCACUGGUCUGAGAGCAAUGGUCAGUUGCCAAAUGAGUGGGUUGAUACACGACUGCAACAACUGCAUAGUAAUAGUGAGAGGCAAAAAAGGGACUCAGAAGUCAAAAGGACUUCAGAAGAUCCAAGUUUAUGGAUGUCAGCUGGUGCAAGUGAUGACAGCUCGAAGCGUUUACUCAUGGAACUUCUUCACCAGAAAUCAAGUCAUCAGUCAGCUGAGCCACUAGAUUUGAUCAGUGGAAUGUCCACUGAGAAAAGACCUUCUGGUCCAUAUUCUGGAACUAUCUCCUCAAAUCAUUCAUUUAAUCUUCUUUCAGAUCAAGAAGCAAAUUUGAAUCAAUCGUUUGCUGUGGGAUCUUACAGCCUGAAUUCAGGUGGGCCACCGCAGGCCCGUGUAGCUGAUGAGGUGGCUAGUACGGUGGAAACUGUUGAAAGAUCAGCUUUCAGGUCCAACUCCGGAGCAUUGCUUGAAGAAGAAGCCUUCUUUUCAGGUGUCAAUGGCCCCUCUCAGGGGCCUGCUUCAGAGGUUCGAGAAGACAUUGUUGAACCAGUGAAAAAUGCUGCUUUGGACGGAGGGGAAUUGCCUGUGAAUAUUCUUAGCAGGCAUUCUUCUUUUAGCAGUUCAGGAGGUAAUGCAGGCUUUUGUGGGGAGAAGAUUGGACUACUUGAUUCAUUUGCAGAUGAUCUUGCUAAGGAUCGGGCCCCAUCUGCUGCAUCAAAAAUGCCAGAAAAUAUUUUGCUGAAACGUCCUCCAGUCCCACGGGCAUCAUCUGCUCAGGAUGGGUUAGUUGAGCUGAAUUCAGAUGCAGCAAUCAGAGGAAAAAAUCCUCCAAUUUCUAUACCUGCUGAAGGAGGAAGACGUGAUGCAGGAAACCAAGUCUCUGAUAUGCUGACUUCUGGCAAAAAAGAUGUGCGAUUUCGACGCACUGCAUCAUUAGGUGAUGCUGAUGUUUCAGAGACGUCAUUUAGUGACAUGCUCAAGAGCAGCGCUAAAAAGCCAGCUCCUCAAGAUGUUAGUGCUGCGGGGAUUGCUGCUUCUGACUCAGUUGAUGGAAUGCAGGGCUCUCGUAGCAACAAAAAGAAGGGGAAGAAAGGUAGACAAAUUGAUCCUGCCUUACUUGGAUUCAAGGUCACAAGCAAUCGCAUAAUGAUGGGUGAGAUUCAGCGGAUAGAAGAUUGAUACUUCCUGUAUUGUAGUACUUGAGCUAUGCCAGUUUUUUAGUUGCUGUACAGAUUAGGAGUUUCUUUAAAGUUUUUGCAGCAGCAAUUUCUUUAAUUUGUCCUACUUCAUUUUCACCUUUUUAGCAGCAGCUUAGCAUUUAUUGUAGGGUGGCUGGUGUGGUUAUUAGGUUCGGAAUCCAUUGGCAGGAUAUAGCCAGCCCAGUAAAGCUUGUAUAGACAGAAAUCUGAUAGGAAUACUUACCAAUGAAAAGAAUCGUGCAUACUUUUGUAUCUGAA